ACUGUUGCGGGGCGUGUGCGUCCGCGCUCCGGCGGCCCGGAAGGGGAACUGGGCGCUGGGGGUGUCCGGGGACUGAGCAUUUUAGAUCUGCUUGGUGAACCUGGGACACCACCAUGCUGGCCACAAGACUCGUGUGUCUUCGGACACUACCUUCUAGGGUUUUCCACCCAGCUUUCACCAAGGCCUCCCCUGUUGUGAAGAAUUCCAUCACAAAGAAUCAAUGGCUCUUAACACCCAGCAGGGAAUAUGCCACCAAGACAAGAAUUGGGGUCCGGCGUGGGAAAACUGGCCAAGAACUCAAGGAGGCGGCAUUGGAACCAUCUAUGGAAAAAAUAUUUAAAAUUGAUCAGAUGGGAAGAUGGUUUAUUGCUGGAGGGGCUGCUCUUGGUCUUGGAGCGCUGUGCUACUAUGGCUUGGGAAUGUCUAAUGAGAUUGGAGCCAUUGAAAAGGCUGUAAUUUGGCCACAGUAUGUGAAGGAUAGAAUUCAUUCUACCUAUAUGUACUUAGCAGGAAGUAUUGGUUUAACAGCUUUGUCUGCCCUGGCAGUGAGCAGAACUCCUGUUCUCAUGAACUUCAUGAUGAGAGGCUCUUGGGUGACAAUUGGUGCAACCUUUGCAGCCAUGAUUGGAGCUGGAAUGCUAGUACAGUCAAUACCAUAUGACCGGAGUCCAGGCCCAAAGCAUCUUGCUUGGUUACUACAUUCUGGGGUAAUGGGUGCAGUGGUGGCUCCUCUGACAAUAUUAGGGGGGCCUCUUCUCAUCAGAGCUGCAUGGUACACGGCGGGCAUCGUGGGAGGCCUCUCCACUGUGGCCAUGUGUGCCCCCAGUGAGAAGUUUCUGAACAUGGGAGCACCCCUGGGAGUGGGCCUGGGUCUCGUCUUCGUAUCCUCACUGGGAUCUAUGUUUCUUCCACCUACCACUGUGGCUGGUGCCACUCUGUACUCAGUGGCAGUUUAUGGUGGAUUAGUUCUUUUCAGCAUGUUCCUUCUGUAUGAUACCCAGAAAGUAAUCAAGCGUGCAGAAAUAGUACCAGCAUAUGGAGUUCAAAAAUAUGAUCCCAUCAAUUCGAUGCUGGGAAUCUACAUGGAUACAUUAAAUAUAUUUAUGCGAGUUGCCAGUUUUCUAGCAACUGGAGGCAACAGAAAGAAGUGAAAUGACUUGGCUUCUGAUUUCGUAAAAUGUCAGAUAUCUUGCUUGUUUAAUAGGGGCAGAUAUUCAUUAAACAGUGCGUUCCAGCAGCUUUCAUGACGUUUAGAGGUUAAGAACUUGUCAACAUGUUUCAAAUGUUCCAGUAAUGUGAUGCUUCAGGUCUGCUUUUUCUUCUGGAGAAUAAAUUCAGUAGUUCUCUUCCAAAUAAGCACAUACAUUUCCAAUUCUCAUGUUUUGAGUAAUUCUAAAAUGUUUUAAUGAAUGUGAAAACUAAGGUUUGUGUUGUGAGAAUGUAAGUGUUUUAUGUAUUAAAUUUAUUUGGUUAAGUGAAAAUCAGCAAACUUGUGUUUACCUGCAUAUUUAGGGGUAUGUGGAGUAUUAACGAGUAAUGUCAUAAAUGAUGUAGAGGUUUGGUAAAGGGACCAGAGAGAAGUAAAGGGUCACCUGCAGUCUUUCUUGGAAUGCUUAGAACUUAGCCCUUGUGUCAUUGGAGGUGAGCCAGUGAGAGGGAUCUGGCUGUUGGAAACAAACAAGUCAUUGCUGUUUUUACAUUUGUCUGCUGAACUUACCAAAGCCUUGAGCAUGAAACAAAGAUAUAGGUGAUUCAUUCUCCUGCUGUUCCUUCUCAGUGCUCUUCACAACGUAGAUGUGAUCGUGUUUGGGUUUUCGCUAUUUGAUGCUAGGACAGUCCAGAACGUUAUAUGGAGAAUUCCUGAUAUAUAAUAUAUAUUAUAUGUGUGUGUGUGUGUACAUUUUACUUUUGAAUCUUCUGGAACAAAAUAUCCUUAACUUUUCUCAGGAUAAAAAAUUCAAAGCAUGAAAAUUGUUGCAUUUUCAAGUAUUCAAACACUGUGUUUAUAAUUGCUGAGGGGUUUUUUUGCAUAUUUAUCAAAAUAUUUAACAGAAUGCAUGCUUGCCUUUGUCAUCUCUUCAGGCUUUGAAGCUUUUAUCAGAAAAGCCUGUUUGUGGCUUACACUUGAGAUUAUGAAAGCAGUUUUUCUCCUAAGACUUAGUUUCUCGUGUUCCCUCUCAGACUAAGCACUAAAAAGGAGAACAAAGCUAGUCUUUCUUCAUCAGCUAC